GACACGUAACUUCGAAAGAGCGAAGCGUAGGAGAGAGUGUAAAAAAAAACGGAAAAAAAAAAAACAGCGCAAAAUAGCCCCCAAAAUAGCUUAAACGUAGCCGCCCAAUAGCGCAAAGAAUAACUCAUUUUGCAAACUGGCCAACGCUUAGCAGGCGAAUGCAAAAAUAUAACCCUUUGCCGACGCAGCAUAUUUCGCGCAACGGCAUUUUUUAUAUGCCCAGGAGAAGCGGCUGCGGUACCUCUGUCGCGAGCGCGUGACGAAGGGGCUUGGAAGAUUUUUCCCUUUGGCCGUGGCAAGUUUGGGAAAGCCAUCGAAGGUGACCCACUUUAGAGAGUUUGGUCAACCCGGCACGACGCAUCCCGCGGGCACAUGUUCGCAUCUCGUCAGGGGGGAGGCCUGUAAAAUAUGCGCGCCGCGGCUGAUAACGCAGUGGCCGUUCCGUUUUGGCUAGUCGCCUGAAAAGAAAGAAGCACCCAUUGGGGUAGCAGCGGUGGUAGAAGCGGUUGCAGCGACGUGGAAGCGAUACCACAACCGUAGCAUCUGUAGAAGCCGCAGCAGCCGUAGCAGCCGUAGCAGCCGUAGCAGCCGCAGAAGCCGCAGAAGCCGCAAAAGCCGCAAAAGCCGCAAAAGCCGCAAACGCGACGACAGGAUGGUGAAGGUCUCGGAGAGCGAACUGAGCGACAAGGGGCUGGAGGAGUUCCUGUCGGACGACAGCGACGAGGGAAACGAGGAACUGCUGAGCAAGAAGUACGCGGAGAAGGAGGCGCUGAUCACGCUGGAAACCAAGUUCCCCAAAAUAGUGACGAUCCUGGGGAUUCCAAAGGUGGAGGAAGAAAAGCACAGCAGGUUGGCAGAGGUGCUGAAAAAGCUCUUCAUAAGACACCUGAAUGCCAAAAUAAGUGACUCCUCCCUGUUGAACAUCAAAAUAGACAUGCCAGUGGAUGAGGAGAAGAAGACCAAAGGAAUUUGCUUCGUCACCUUUAAUGAUAGUUUCCAGGCAAACGAAGCGGUAAAAAUUCUAAACAAGCUGAAGCUGGAUGCCAAGCAUGUCCUAACAGCAUCAAAAAUGGAUGACAUUGAAAAUAUUAUAAAUAGGGAUGAACACGUCAUGCCAAUUAACGUCGUAGGAUUUACGAGAGAAAAAAUUAGGUGGUGGUUGUAUGACGAAAGGUGUAGAGAACAAUUCAUCGUCAGGUACGACUCCCAUUUUGAAGUCCACUGGUUUGAUCCUCUUGAAAAGGAGCCACAGCUCAUUUACACCACAUAUAAAAAGAGUGCCCCUUUUUCCAGCGUACAGUGGAGCAACCAGGGAUCCUACUUGGUCAGUUUCCACAACCCAGGUAUAGCUCUAUGGGGGGGAGAUAAUUUUGAAAAACUCAUCCGAUUGCAACAUAAGAGUGUAAAAGAAAUUAGCUUUUCUCCAAACGAAAACUACGUUCUUACAUGGGAUGGUACCCCUGCUUCGUUGAGAAAUGAAAAGUCCAUAUGCAUUUGGAGAGUGAUCACUGGGAAGUUGUUACGCUCGUUUAUUACGCCUGAGUUUAGCGCGAGGGAUAAGAGCUACCACUACUUCCUGUGGAGCCCGGAUGAUAAGUACAUCGCGUGUAUAGGGAAACAGAAAGAGGUGUACGUUUAUGAGUUACCAAGCAUGUUGCUGAUGGAAGACCACGAGAAGAAGAGGACCCCCCUGAAAUACACCUUCGUGAAAGAAUUCGACUGGUCCCCGGUGGAUAAUAUAGUCUCCAUUUGGAUCCCAGGGUCUAAGGUCACUCCUGGGACGCUCAUCUUGGUGGAUAUCCCCUCCAGAAAGGAACUCGUUUCUAGAAAGAUCUACGACGUUGUGCAUGCGUCUAUUCACUGGCAAAGCAAAGGAGAUUACCUUUGCCUGAAAACUACCAUCGAGAAAAAGAUCAGCAAGAAGAGCAAGAAGGAGUUCACCCAACUGGAAAUCUUCCGCAUAAGGGAAAAGAACAUCCCCGUGGAUAACAUCCAAAUAGAGGGAAUCAAAACGAAGCAGUUUCACUGGGAAGAGUCCAACAGCAAUCGAUUCGCUCUAAUCGUUAGGGAUGAAGCUACGAGCAGACAGCAAAUUAGAUUUUACAAAAUUGAAAAUAAAGGCACAGCGAGGAAUGCCAAGUGGACGAGCACAUUUGAUAUCAACAGCCAGAUGAACUUCAUGCGGUGGUCACCACAGGGAUCCUAUUUCAUCUUAGCUUCCUUAGGAUCUGAAGGACUGCUCUACUUUUGCUGCCUCAAUGCGAGUGACGAAGUGGAGGUCAUACACAAGGAUGAGCACCUCUUGGCAAACUCCGUCUCCUGGAGCAACUGUGGAAGGUACCUAGUCACCUCUGUUUCGAGUAUGGCUAACGCGGCGAGCUCCAAUUAUAGGGAAGAGAACAGCGAAACGGGAUUUUUCAUCUGGUCCUUCCAGGGCAGGUGCCUCAUGACCAUUAAGAAGCCCUCCUUCUUCCAGUUCUUCUUCAGACCACACCCCAAGUCCCUAUUCAGCGACAAGCAAAAAUUGGAGAUUAAAAAUAACCUCAAGGAUUACUCAAAGAAGUUUGACGUCAUGGAUGAAAAGGUCAGGCACGCCAAACGAAAUCAACUCAUUUCCGACCGAAAGACGGUGGAGGCUUCGUUUAACCAGCGAAUGGAGAAGGUCACGCAGCUCUUCCACUCCUUUAAGGAGUAUGAGGAGUUCAAGAAGAACUGGGAGCAGUUCGAGAGCCAGUUCGAGUGGGAGGAGAAGACCGUCGUCAUUGAGCACGUCCUCUCGGUUAAGCAGGAGAUAUUCGCCUGAACGGUGGCGGGCAGGAAAGAAAACUGCCGCCUGCUCUCUCUCUCUCUAUAUAUAUAUAUGUGUAUCUCUUUUUUUUCCCCCUUGUAACAAUUUUUAAAUGCUGUGCACAAAUCGAAUGCACCAAUGCAUUGUGCAUUUGUUGCACCCUCAUGGGGGGCAUCCCCCCUUUCCCUGUUCACCCAUCAACAU